UGUCACACUCGUGGGUGCACCACCAGCUUUACACCAGUGUAAGCCAAAGGACACUGAUGCGUGCCAGCUUGUCCGAGUGGGUCCUAGAUGAAACUGAGGCUGUCCUGUCCUGGACACGUCUUGAGAAGACAGGAUUCCCUGGGGGGGGGGGGAACAAAAACCAUAAGACUGGGAAAGUUAAAAGGCAGCAGGAAAUGAGGAAAAUCCAAUACGAGAAGGACCAACUUCCUCAAGGAAACCACCGGCCUGAUUUUGCAAGACCUGAGCAGGGCAGGACAUUUUUGGAAGUCGCCCAUCAUUAACAGGGUCAUCUUAAGCCAGAGGUGACCAGACAGCCACCUAACAACAAUAUGUCCAAGGCUGUUCAUUGAAACUUUGUGACUUAGCAAGAAUUUUAAAAGCCGAAAUGCAACGCCCUAACUGGAUGCCGGCCUCAUGAAAACAUACGUCACGGGAACGGAGAGAUAAUUUAGCUGUGCAGUCAGAUUCUACGUUUGCCAAGCGGACCCCGUUGUGAUCAAGUUGCGUUUGGCUUCCAGUGAGCAUCGCGCCCUUGUCGCGAUUUAACGCGUGAGAUUUCCGCAGCCCGUCAAGGAACUAGACGAGGCUGCGCGGAAACGCACAAACGGGAUUAUCCAGAUGUUCUACUCCAAAGCCAGACUGGACAUGGCCGCCUCCAGCAGCAGCAGCUGCAGCCACUGGGCGUGGAAACCGGUGGUGAGCAGUGGCCUCCUGGCCCGUGGCUUCCACUCGUGCAACGUGGUGCAAGGGAAGCUCCUCGUCUUUGGAGGCCUGAGAUCGCCGGAGGCCCGAGAGUCGCCUCUCGGGGACGUGGUGGCCUUCGACCCGGCGCGCCAGACUGUCCGCACGCUGGCUCCCGAACGGGGCUGCCGCCGGAGCCACCACGAAGCCGUGGUGCUGGCCGACCGCCUCCUGUGUGUGGUGGGGGGCUGGGAUGGCGCUCGCCGUGUCUCGGGGGUCUGCUGCUUUGACGUGGAGCGGGGAGAAUGGGAGGAAUGGACCACCGCGGGACCCUCCCAGGGGGGCCCCGUGGGGCUGAGCAGCCACACCUGUACCAAGAUCACGGACCACGAGGUGCGGGUCGUGGGCCGGGAGGGCGGGCUGCGCACCCAGCGGCGCUACGCCAGCAUCUUCACCCUGGGCCUCAACCCUGCUACCAAGACCUACUGGUACAAAGAGGAGGAAUCGCGCACGGCAUCGAGGGCCGGCCACUCUGCCGUGCUGCUGCGUGAGGGUGGCUCCGGCAGUAAAGGCAGCGGCUACAAACUCGUGGUGUUCGGUGGGCGCGACUCGGCCGACUUGGACGUGGCCGGUCGAUGGGGCAAGGGGAAAAUCCACGUCGAUUCUGUCCACGCUGCAGGACUGACAGAGCAACUCUCCCGCUUGGUGAGUGCCGAAAAGGGGUCCGGGGCAGCCCCCAAAGGCCUGAGGCACCAAUCCUGCACCGUCGUGGGACCCUUUGUGGUUGUCUUCGGAGGAGAGACGCUGGGGAAAGGCCGGGAUGCCGUCUGCAACGACCUUUACAUCCAUGACACGAGAACCUCACCUGCAAAAUGGUUCCACUUUCCUUGCCCCGAUCGGGCCCAGAAGAGAGUGGGUCACCGGACGUGCCUCUGGAACGAUCGGCUCUACCUCCUCGGGGGCUUUGGAGCCGAUGGCAAGACCCCCUGUGCGGAGAUCUGUAGCCUGGAGAUCGACACGUGAAGGGGGGGGAGCCUGUUCCGAGUCUCCAGCCACGUCCAUCACCUUGGAGAAGCAAAAUUUCCUUCCAAGGAGCUACCAAAGCAAGGGCAUGCCUUCAGCCAUGACUCUCAGGGCCUCAAAAAAGAAAUACCUGGCCCUCACUUAAGAAGCACCUUCCUGUUUAAAGUAGAGAUUUAAAAUUAGCUUGAAUGCAUUGGCGGGAUUUGUUUCGACACCUGUGGCCCAGUUGUAAAAUGUAGCAGAUUAAACAUGAAUUUUCUACUAUUAAAUCUCAUAAAUCUGAAUCUGAGUGAAAGAGAUUUGAAAGAAAAGCGCAUGGUCUCUGAGAUUAGUGGGGGACGUGGGUCGUGGUCAACAUGCACCCACCCACCCCCGGCGCUGUGUGAUUUUGCAGUCGCCUGCCCGGAGCCCCUGUUUCACCCAAGACCCGUUUCUUUCUCACAAGGAGAACCACAGUCCAGGAAGCCUCUGUGAAGCACAAUUCACUUGAAAAACAUGUCAUGCCUGCCUGCUUUCAUUCUCAAAUAAAGAACUCUUUUAAAAACAUUCCCCGUUUCAGUGAGAGUGAUUUGUGUGUCCCACACUAGCUCCUGGGCAAGGAGACCUGUGUGUGCGCGCGAUCAUCAAUAUUUUUCCGGUUCAGAAGCAGGAGCACUUCUUCGGAAGAAAUGUCUGCAGAAAUCUGCCUUCUGAAAAGGGUUGUUCAACAUCUCGGGCCUUUUUUCACUGAAUAAUAACUAAUUAAUAAAGCGGCGAUUAUUCCACAAAUAUCUAUUAAUCCCACUGAGUAAAGCAGGGCUUCCCCCCCUCCACCCCCCCAGGGAAGUGUCUUGAGCAGAGGGGUUGGACUUGAUGGCUUUCUACGAUUCUAGUUUGGGUAAUUUAAUCCCAUAACGUUAUAGCAUUUCAUAUCAUUUGCUUUGCUUGUGGUGACAAGCUUGGCUCUAAAUAAGGCCCUAACUUCUGAUGGAAUAAACCCUGGUGUUCCUCUUUGGCUCUCCCUGGUUCUGAAGCACGGAGAGAGGCGGGCCCUUCCCAGGUUUGCUACCAAAGAGGUUUUUUUCCCCCAAAUGGAGAUGCUUCUAGGCCCUUGAUUUUGGAAGGCGUCCAUGCAAACCGCACCCCCUGUAUUUUGAAGACCAAAUGCAACUCCGUGCACUGCCGACUUCCAUA